AUGGCUAUUUUCUCUUAUGGGGGAAGACAGGGACCUGUAGACAGAGUUGAGGAAGCACUGAGUUGCCUCGCCCCGUAUGACCCGUCGGGGCGUUUCACAUCGGCCGACGAGAAAAAUCCCUUCCUCUACUGGAAGAUCCGUGACUUUGCGUAUGCGUACCGGUUUGGGAUCACGACGCCGUUAGCUGUUGCAGAGCUUAUCAUAGCGGGCGUGGAGGAGUGGAACAAUAAGAAGCCUCCAAUGCCAAUGCUGAUCCAUUUUAACGCCAACGACCUGAGGAAGCAAGCCGAUGCUUCUACAAAGAGAUUUGAGCAAGGAAGUCCAAUUUCCGUUCUGGACGGGAUCUUUUCCGCCGUUAAGGAUGACAUUGACUGCCUCCCAUAUCCAUCAAAGAGUGCCACCACAUUUUUUGACGAAAUCCGCCCUGUGGAGAAAGACGUUGUCUGUGUUUCUCGUUUACAGAAAUGUGGAGUGAUCUUUAUUGGGAAAGCAAAUAUGCACGAGCUAGGCCUUGGGGUCACUGGAAACGAUACAAACUAUGGGACAGUAAGAAAUCCACAUUCAAUCGAUAGAUAUACUGGUGGUUCUUCAUCUGGUCCAGCUGCACUUGUCUCAUCAGGGUUAUGCUCAGGAGCGAUUGGAACAGACGGCGGAGGCUCAGUUCGAAUACCAUCCUCCCUAUGUGGCAUUGUUGGUUUGAAGACAACAUUCGGGCGCACAGAUAUGACUGGGGUCGUUUGUGAUGCUGGGACAGUUGAAGUUGCUUCACCUCUUACAUCAUCAGUGGAGGAUUCUGUGCUAUUGUAUUCUGCACUAGCAGGCUCUAGACCUAUGGACAAACUUACUCUGAGACCUUCCCCGCUGUGUGUUCCUAACUUGGUGUCCUCCGAGAAUAGCAAGAUCCUGCAAUCAGUGAAAGUGGGAAAAUAUACAGAGUGGUUUCAUGAUGUCCCUGAUAAUGAGGUCUCAAAUACAUGUGAAGAUGCACUUAACCUCCUAUGCAGCACCUUUGGAUGUCAGAUAGAAGAGAUAAUCUUACCAGAGCUUGAGGAGAUGCGUACAGCCCAUCUUGUCUCUAUUGGCUCAGAAGCAUUCUCCGACAUGAAUGCUCAUUACCAAGCAGGGAAGCGAACUGAAAUGACCUUAGAUACUCGAGCAAGUUUGGCACUUUUCAAGUCAUUCACUUCAGCAGAUUAUGUUGCUUCUCAAUGUCUGAGGAGAAGGAUAAUGUACUAUCACAUGGAAGCUUUCAAGAAGGUUGACGUCAUAGCAACCCCUACAACCGGCAUGACCGCGCCAAAAAUACCACCAAGUGCUCUGAAAGGAGAGUCUGAUUAUGUUGUAUCAGCCAAGCUGAUGCAAUUCAUUUUUGCCGGGAACCUUCUUGGCUUGCCUGCCAUUAGUGUUCCUGUUGGUCAUGACAAGCAAGGCCUUCCUAUCGGCUUGCAACUGAUAGGCCGUCCGUGGGGCGAGGCUAGCUUAUUGAGGGUGGCUUUGGCAGUAGAGGAGCUCUGCCUGAAGAGAAGAAAUCGGCCAUCGACAUUUUACGACAUCCUGAAGACCUGA